AUGCUGGGUUUCCUCAGGAAAUCAAUCGCUACGGUCGUGGCGCUGCGAGCAGUCGCCACUUUCGCCACACCAAUUUCCAGUGAAGUUGGUUUCCCAAAGCGUGAUGGUGGCUAUAAAAAUGUCGUUUACUUUACCAACUGGGGUAUCUACGGCCGUAACUACCACGUAGCCGACCUUCCAGCCGAAAAUAUCACCCAUCUGCUCUACUCUUUCAUGAACUUCGAUGAGACUGGCACAGUGUUUUCCGGUGACACCUACGCUGACUUGGAAAAGCACUACUACAAUGACUCUUGGAAUGAACCCGGUAAUAACGUUUUUGGAUGCGUCAAACAAAUCAAUCUUCUCAAGAAGGAACAUCGCCACAUCAAGGUUCUGCUAUCGAUUGGUGGUUGGACCUGGUCUAAAAACUUUGCCGUUGUCGCCAGCUCUGACACUACCCGAAAAGCUUUUGCCAAGUCCGUGGUUACGUUUCUGAAGGAUUGGGGUCUUGACGGUAUUGAUAUCGAUUGGGAGUAUCCUGAGACUGAAGAAGAUGGUCAGAACAUGAUUUUGCUGCUCCAGGCGAUCCGCGAUGAGCUCGACUCCUACGCUUCGCGACACGCUGAGGGUUACCACUUCCUGCUUUCUAUUGCCGCGCCUGCUGGGCUCAAUACAAUUGGCCUACUGAAGCUUCCCGAGCUUGGAAAGGUUCUCGAUCUUGUGAAUCUAAUGGCCUAUGAUUAUGCUGGAUCCUGGAGCAAUACCACCGGUUACAACGCCAAUGUAUUUCCGAACGCCAACAAUACCAGCGCGACCCCAUUCAACACGAACGAUGCUGUUCAGGCGUACAAAGAGGGCGGUGUGCCGGCCGAAAAACUUGUUCUCGGUGUACCAAUCUACGGCCGAGCCUUCGAACAGACUGAAGGCAUCGCCAAGCCAUUUAACGGUGUCGGCAGUGGUAGCUGGGAGGCAGGAGUAUACGACUACAAGUCCCUACCCAGCGAGGGCGCCAUUGUCAAAUGCGAUUACAUUGUUAUGGGCUGCUACUGCUACAACCCGAAAACCAAGACACUGGUUUCAUUUGACACCCCAGAGAUGGUCGAGGCUAAGGCUGCCUGGCUCAAGCAGCAGGGACUGGGCGGUAUCAUGGUUUGGGAAGCCUCCGGUGACAAAAACAACUCCGAGUCUCUCAUCGAGAGGGGCAGUACGGCUCUCGGCAGCCUGGACAGGUCGCAGAACUGUCUCUCCUAUCCCGACUCGAAGUUCGACAAUAUCAGGAAUAGCAUGGCUUAG